AUGGUAAUCAGACUCAUGUCAAUGUUCAACGAGUUGGUGUACCUGUCUCAACAAGCUCUACAAGCAGCAAUGGGCAAGUUACAAGGUAUAGAAAACUACACCUUGUGGAAUCGAUCAAUUAAGCUUCCGUUGUUAGGAAGAAACAAACUAGGGCUAGUGGAUGGAACAUGCAGGAAAGAAAUGUUUGGUAAAGAACUAUGGGGCCAAUGGAAAAGGGUAAAUGCAAUUGUGCUGUUGUGGCUGAUGAACUCAGUUUCAAAGAAUUUACUGAGUGGGAUUGCAUUUGCCUCAAGUAACUCAAGCGUGUGGACUGACCUGCAAGAGAGGUUUGAUAGAAUUGAUGGAUCAAGAACUUACAGUUUACAUAAAGAAAUAGCUAUUCUACAACAAGAAGCAUCAUCUGUAUUUAUAUAUUAUACGAAGCUAAAAAUAUUGUGGGAUGAAUUUGAAGUGUUAGUGCCUUCACCUGGGUGCAGUUGUGAAAAUUCUAGAGGAUAUGUAGCUCACAUGAAUAGACAAAAGUUAUACCAAUUUCUAAUGGGACUGAAUGACUCAUAUCAUCAAGCUAGGAGUCAGAUUCUAAUGAUAGAUCCUCUACCGACCAUCAACCAAGCAUAUGCUAUAAUAGUAGGAAAUGAGAGUCAAAAGGCUGUUGUUACAGGCAUCAACAACUUAGGACUAUACUCAUCCAUUCUGGAUUCAGUUGCUAUAGGUCAUACCAAAGAGUCCUGCUACAAGGUAGUUGGAUAUCCACCAGAUUUCAAGUCCAAAAGGAAGAUACAAACCAAAAGACCAGCUGAAGAGUCAACUUCUAAUAAUAUUGUGAGCCAAGCAGAGAAAGAUAUCAAGCAACUACUUCAAGGUUGCACAAACACAAAAGAUCAGUAUGAACAAAUUCUCAAGAUGAUGAGUCAACAGUCAGGUCCCAGAGUCACUGCUCCUGACUGCAAUAAGGCAAAUAAUGCAGGUAAAGCCUUAUUUAUAACUGGAAACAGUGAUGUGUGGAUUGUAGAUACAGGUGCAACAAACCAUAUGGUAUCCAAGUUGGAAAUGCUGCUAAAGGAGUAUGUGAUAAAAAUUGACACUUCUAAGGAUAUGUGUCUUCUAAAUGGUGGUGUUACUAAAGAGCUUUACACUGGAAAGAUAAAGGAAGUUGGUAGAGAGGAGGGAGGCUUAUAUCUGCUGUGGAGACAACUAACUCAAGAUAAUGCAAGCAACACUACUACAGAUUCUGCUUACACUGUAAAUGCUGCUCAAUCAACAAGCAAAGAGGCAGACAUGGAACUAUGGCAUCAAAAAAUUAGACAUCAUGUUCAAAUCACUGGGAUCAUACAUCAAAGAUCUUGUCCUUACACUCCUCAACAAAAUGAUGUGGCUGGGAGGAAACAUAGACAUCUGCUAGAAGUAACAAGAGCCCUCAGGUUUCAAGCAAAAAUUCCUAUCAGGUUUUGGGGUUACUGUGUGCUGGCUGCUACCUAUCUGAUUAAUAGACUUCCAAGUAGUGUGCUUGAGUUCCACACUCCCUAUGAAAGAUUAUAUGAUAGAAAACCAGUGUUGUCCCAUCUGAGAAUAAUUGGGUGCCUAGCCUUAGCAAAGAACCUCACUAAACAUGAUAAACUCAUGCCCAGAUCAAAGAUAGUUGUUCACAUAGGAUACUCUGAAGUACAUAAAGAAUAUAUCCUGUUUGAUUUGGACAAUAGUUUAUUCUUUGUCAGCAGAGAUGUUACCUUUAGAGAAGACAUAUUUCCAUUUGUUUCCAAAGGUGACAGCUUUGCCCAACAACAACUCUUUGUACAGAAUCUGCAAGGACUAAGUGAGAUAGACCAACAAUUACAUCAACUGGCUCCAUUAAUACAUCCAGGUAAUGUUCCAUCUGAGACAACAGCAAGGAAUGCAGGUGUGGAUACAGGUCCCUCUGAACAACUAUGUGUGCAGCAACCUGAGCCACACACUGAUGCAAGUGGCUCUGAGGCACCUCAUAUAAGCACUCCAACUAUCACUAGAAGGUCUACAAGAUCUAAACAGCCUCCUAUAUGGCUCAAAAAUUUUAUUUCCCUGAAUGUUCAACAUCCUAUGUCCAACUAUGUAAGCUAUUUUUAUCUCUCACCCUCUCAUCAUUGCUUUAUUACUGCUACCUCAUCUGUGAUAGAACCAACCAGCUAUGAAGAGGCAGUCCAGAAUCCAAGACGGGUGGAAGCCAUACAUGCAGAGAUCCAAGCUUUAGAAAGCAACAACACCUGGGAGAUCACUUCAUUACCUACAUAA